AUGGUGAAAAAUGGUCAAGAGGUUUCAUUGCCUACGACAAAUUAUGUUGUGAAUAUAGAUGAUAUUGCAAAGGUGACUCGUAGCGGUCGUGUUUUUGGUCCCGUUUUUCCAAAAGAGGUGGUAGAGGAUGUUUCAAUCGGUAAGAAAGUGGAUGUGCCUGCAGUGAACCCAGUUAGUGCUCCCGCGUGUCAGUCUGGUGAAUCUGGCAAGCUAAAGCCUAACGAUGAUGAUGAGUCACGCAAGCAUUCUCUCAAAGAAACUUUUCAUUUCGCCUCUAAGAUAUUCAUCAUGUCUCAACAAUCCAACUCAUCGUCCUCCAAGAACAUGUCUGAUUCCUCUAGCUCGGAACCAUGCAACCCUAACAGAGAAGAUCCUGUUGCUGACUCUGCGAAUACCUCACAUGCAAGAAGACCUAAAGAAACUGUAUCAGGCUUCUCCUCAGCAAUCGCUCUUGAGGAACGAACCAGAGAAGGUUCCAGGUAUAUUCACAAUGCCAUUGCCACUAUGGUGACUGGAAUACUGUAUGGUAAUCAUAAGGUCCUUGGGGUUUCCGUUCCCUUAAACACUAUUGAACCUGAUAGUGUUGCCUAUCAAGAAAAUAUUGAGUCUUUAGGAAAGAAUAUCUCUGAUGAUGUUGAGCAAACUGAUGCUCAUAAGGAGUCAAAUGUUGACAAACCCUUAUACAAUGUGGCUAGUGAGGAAGUUCAUGUCACUCAUGAUGUCAUUAACAACCCUAACUGUGAGGCUGAAACAGUAGACCUGGAGGAAUUUUCUGAUAAUGAGUUGUUGUCCUCAGUCGUCCCUAGCAUAGCCAAAAGGGUGGCAGUCGAGAGUUCCCUCAAGAGGAAAGUUCAUGGUCCAACAAAAUCUUGGAGCAAAGGGGUGCCCAAGAAAAAGAAGACCAAGUCUGUUGUUGUUGAGUCUGACUCAGAUAUUCCAUGUGAUGUCCCUGACACUCUGUCAAAGAAGAAGCCAACCACUAGAAAGCUUGCAGCUAGUGUCCCUAAGGUACCAAUUGACAACAUAUCUUUUCAUUUUGCUUCAAGUGUAAACAGGUGGAAAUAUGUUUAUCUGAAGAGGCUGGCUUUGGAGAGGGAAUUAGCCCAAAAUGUCCUGGAAUGUAAGGAUAUUAUGGACCUUAUUCAAGAGGUUGGUUUAAUGAAGACUAUGACUCAGUUCUCAAAGUGCUAUGAGAUGUUGGUGAAGGAAUUUAUUAUCAAUGUGUCUGAAGAAUGUGUUGAUGAGAAGUCUAAGGAAUUCAGGAAAGUGUAUGUCUGA